CAUGUGUGUCUGCUGGGAGGAAAUUAAAAGCAACGGCCUCUGUCCGAUCUCUCUUUCCAGGCAAGCAGAGGAGCUGUGGGUCUGCAGGCGGGGAACACCGAGUUGACACGAUGAAGAUCGCUGUGAUUGGCCAGAGUCUGUUCGGCCAGGAGGUUUACAAAGAGCUAAGGAAGGAAGGCCACACCAUCGUAGGAGUCUUCACCAUCCCUGACAAAGAUGGCAAGGCUGACCCACUGGCAACUGAGGCAGAGAAGGAUGGUGUCAGCGUCUUUAAGUUCCCCCGCUGGCGUGUGAAGAGCCAGGCCAUCCCAGAGGUGGUGGCUCAGUACAAAGCCACCGGCGCUGAGCUCAACGUCCUGCCCUUCUGCUCCCAGUUCAUCCCCAUGGAGGUCAUUGACCACCCCACACACGGCUCCAUCAUCUACCAUCCGUCCCUUCUGCCGCGCCACAGGGGAGCCUCGGCCAUCAACUGGACCCUGAUCCAUGGGGACAAGAAAGGCGGGUUCACGGUGUUCUGGGCUGAUGACGGGCUGGACACCGGACCAAUCCUGCUGCAGAGAGAGUGUGAUGUUGAGCCAAAUGACACUGUCAACACCAUCUACAAGAGGUUCCUCUUCCCAGAGGGAGUCAAAGGCACAGUGGAGGCAGUGAGGCUGAUUGCAGAAGGAAAAGCUCCGAGGAUCACACAGCCAGAGGAGGGCGCCACAUAUGAGUGCAUCCAGAAGAAGGACAAUUCAAAGAUUGACUGGAACCAGUCUGCUGAGGCUAUCCACAACUGGAUCAGAGGGAAUGACAAAGUUCCUGGGGCCUGGGCAGAGGUGGACGGACAGAUAGUGACCUUCUAUGGCUCCAGUCUGGUGGAUAAUGGCACAGCAGCUAAUGGUCAGCCCUUGGAGAUCCCCGGAGCCAGCCGACCCGGCAUCGUCACCAAGACAGGCCUGGUGCUGUUUGGCAAUGAUGGAAAGUCGCUGUUGGUGAAGAAUCUGCAGUUUGAGGAUGGGAAGAUGAUUGCAGCAGCGCAGUACUUCAGUGCAGGAAGCAGUGCUGCUGUGGAGCUCACACAGGAGGAGCAAGCCUUUGCUGAACAGAUGAGGGUGGUCUGGCAAAGUAUUCUGACAAAUGUCAGUAAAAUUGAAGACUCCAGUGAUUUCUUCAAGUCUGGUGCUGCUUCCAUGGAUGUUGUCAGGCUUGUAGAGGAGGUGAAGCUUUGUGCCAGCACCUGCCAGCUGCAGAACGAGGACGUAUACAUGAACACCACUUUCCAGGACUUUAUCCAGAUGUGCGUCAGAAAACUCAGAGGGGAGGACGGGGACGAGGAGCUGGUUGUUGACUAUGUCGAGAAGGGUAUCAACAAUAUGACCAUAAAGAUGCCCCAUCAGCUGUUCAUCAACGGAGAGUUUGUGGAUGCAGAAGGAGGAAAGACUUACAAAACCAUCAACCCCACUGAUGGCACGGCCAUCUGUGAUGUGUCUCUGGCUCAGGUCAGUGAUGUGGACAAAGCUGUGGCUGCUGCUAAAGAAGCUUUUGAAGAGGGAGAGUGGGGCAAGAUGAACCCCAGAGACAGAGGCAGACUCAUCUACAGGCUGGCUGACCUGAUGGAGGAGCACCAGGAGGAGCUGGCCACCAUCGAAUCCAUCGACUCUGGAGCUGUUUACACCUUGGCCUUAAAGACUCAUGUGGGCAUGUCCAUCCAGACCUUUAGAUACUUUGCAGGCUGGUGUGAUAAGAUCCAGGGCAGCACCAUCCCUAUCAACCAAGCCAGACCUAAUCGUAACCUUACCUUCACUAAGAAGGAGCCAAUCGGCGUUUGUGCCAUUGUGAUUCCCUGGAACUACCCUCUGAUGAUGUUGGCUUGGAAGACCGCUGCCUGCCUGGCAGCUGGAAACACGGUGGUCCUCAAACCAGCCCAGGUGACUCCUCUGACAGCUCUGAAGUUUGCUGAGUUGGCAGCAAGAGCGGGACUGCCCAAAGGAGUGGUGAAUAUCCUGCCUGGAUCAGGCGCUCUGGUGGGUCAGCGUCUCUCUGAUCAUCCUGACAUACGCAAACUGGGCUUCACCGGUUCCACUGAAAUUGGCAAACACAUCAUGAAGAGCUGUGCAGUCAGCAACGUAAAGAAAGUCUCUCUGGAGCUUGGAGGAAAAUCGCCCCUCAUCAUCUUCAGUGACUGUGACAUGGACAAAGCUGUGCGCAUGGGCAUGAGUUCAGUGUUCUUCAACAAAGGCGAGAACUGCAUCGCAGCUGGCAGACUGUUUGUGGAAGAAACCAUCCAUGACCAGUUUGUAAAGAGAGUGGUUGAGGAGGUGAAGAAGAUGAAGAUCGGAGAUCCACUGGACCGCUCCACAGACCACGGCCCACAGAAUCACAAAGCCCACCUUGACAAGCUGGUGGAGUUUUGUCAGACAGGAGUGAAGGAGGGGGCUACUUUAGUGUGUGGCGGCAAACAGAUGCAGCGACCAGGAUUUUUCUUUGAGCCCACAGUGUUCACUGAUGUGCAGGACCACAUGUUCAUUGCCAUAGAGGAGUCAUUCGGACCCAUCAUGAUCUUGUCCAAGUUCAAGAGCGGUGAAGUGGACGAUGUGCUUAGAAGAGCCAACGCUACAGAGUAUGGCCUGGCUUCAGGUGUUUUCACACGAGACAUCAGCAAAGCUCUGUACGUCAGUGAAAGGCUGAACGCCGGCACCGUUUUUGUCAACACCUACAACAAAACCGACGUGGCCUCACCUUUUGGAGGCUUCAAACAGUCUGGCUUUGGCAAAGACCUGGGACAAGAAGCUCUCAAUGAAUAUCUGAAGACAAAGGCAGUGACCAUUGAGUAUUGAGUUUGAAUCCCAGGAGAAAGAAAAAGCCAGGCCUAAGCUCCCUGCUAUCAGAGGAGAGACAUGCAGAGGGAUGCUCAUUGUCAUGUUUAUGGUAGAGUGAUGUUACCUCAUCUGUUCUCUCAUCAGUGACUACUGAUCUUAUCACUGUAUGUGCCUUAACAUGGUAAUUAAUCACAUUAACAUGUUAAAUUUGUCUAAAACAUGAAUGCUCAUGUACCUCACUGGCAUACUACAUAGCGAUUUUAUAAGUAGUAUUAUCCUCACCAUGCCACUGAAGUGUAUUUUCUAGGUAGCCCAAGUGAUGUCUGAGACUGUUUUAUAAUCACUGUGAUUGAGUAUGUUUAACAGAUAACACUUAUUUCUAAUAUGGCUUACAUUAGGUCAGAAAUCCCGCUGAAAUGUAACAUUUCUAAUGACAGUUGUUGGUCAUUAAUAAAACAGCAGAACACAACAAUGGUGUGAACUUUUUUUUUUAGCUUGAUUUUUCUUUACAUCUUUGAUUUAAUUUAUGGUGGAGUCUAAUUUGGGUUAACUCAAUACUCACGUGCAUUAAAAUGAGCAAUGUGAGACCAGAAGAAGAUAUUUUAGCAGCAAUCACAGCUCAUUCUCUCAACAAGGCAGGCCAUUAAAAUAUGACAUCUUUCUUACUGAGUCCUGCUUCAGCAACGUAGAUCAGUCUGCACUGCUGCUUGCAGAGCUUUGCCUCAAUCACCACAGCCUCCUCCUGUCCAACCUUACGCUUUUGUUUCAACUGUCACUUUUUUAUUGCUAAGGGCUGCCAAACUAAAUGUUAUUGUAUUUGACAUUAGGGAUGCAUAAAUGCAUCGGUUGAACAUUAGUAUCAGCUGAUAUCGGCCCUAUUCACAAACAUUGGUACUUUAAACAUCUAUAUUGUAUUAUAUUUUCACAAUCUGUGCAUCUCCAAUUGACCUGAAUUGUAAUUAAUUUAUCUCUCUAGAGACACAUGAGGUGUCUAGUGCUGUGCUCCCUAGAAAAUCAAAGCACACUGCCUGGCUAACCCAUAGAGCAUCUUUUGAACUUUAUCCCCAGGCAAAACUGUAAAUCAGUGUUAACUCCACCACAAGAGUGUUAUAGGAUAAAAUAAGAUUUGUAUAAAUUACAAAAAAGAACAAUUCAAGAGACAUAUUUUCACAUAAAUCAAUCAUGAACCAAAACAGCUAAAUUUGGUUGAUCUCUUAGCAGCCAAAGGAAGAGGAAGGAAGAAUCAUUUGGAGCCAAAAGACCCAUUACUGCUAAACUGAGCCAAAUGAUCCAUAUCCCUACAGAAGAGCUGGAAUUCACAUCACUUACUCAAACUAGAGCCCUGCACAGGAGCCUUUCCUGAAUCCCGAUCCGGCUGGAUUUCUGACCAUUACUGCUAAUCCCACCUGCACCCAUGACAGGUCUGUCGCCCGCAUCCUGCACAGAUUCUGACAAUGCAUGUUUAAUAUUCAGAAAAAACAGGAAUGAUUAAAAGAAUGGUAAUAUUAAUGUGUUCACUUAAUCAUCAGCAUGACAGUGUUUCCUUCAUGAAUGAAGGAGAAGUCUGGAACAGUAGUUCUCAACUGGUGGGUCAGGACCCAAAAGUGGGUCACGAAGCUGUUUUUAGUGGGUUGCGAAUAUGUGUCUGGAAAAAAGAGGUAAAAAGUCAAUGAAAAGUCCUUGGUGGAUCUGUACAUUAUUUUUUACUAUAGGUAAAUUUAUAUAUUUGCUCAAUAUUUCAACUCAUUUAUCUCAUAAUGGUGCAAUAAAAGACUGUUUUUCCCACUCUUGUGAGGUAAUUUAGCAAGAUUUCCAGAAAUGGGCAAAAGUGUACCAGUAAUUGUGGGGGAAUGGGGUGUGAAAUGUGUCAGUUUUGUACGGUCUCUCCUUUAGGUCAUGUAUUUUGUUC